AUGAACUGCUCAAUCUCCGGCGAGGUGCCGGAAGAGCCUGUGGUCUCCAAGAAGUCUGGUUUGCUCUUCGAGAAGCGUUUAAUCGAGAGGCAUAUCUCGGAAUACGGAAAAUGCCCGAUAACUGGAGAACCACUUACCGCUGAUGAUAUUGUUCCAGUUCGAACGGGCAAGAUUGUAAGGCCCAGACCUGCACAAGCUGCUAGUAUCCCUGGCAUGCUCGGAAUGUUCCAGCUUGAAUGGGAUAGUUUGAUGCUAGCUAAUUUUGCGAUGGAGCAACAAUUGCAUACAGCAAGGCAAGAGUUGAGUCAUGCUUUGUAUCAGCAUGAUGCUGCGUGCCGUGUUAUUGCGAGACUCAAAAAAGAAAGGGAUGAAGCAAGAUCAUUACUUGCUCUGGCUGAGAGACAAAUUCCCAUGUCAGCACCAUCAACAGUUGCAGCAAAUGCCUCUGUCCAUAGCAAUGGGAAACCAGCUGCUGAUGACCAGCCGGGACCUGGCGUGAGGAAUGUACGCCCUGGAAUAUCUCCCAAUAUCCUAGAUGAUAUGACUGAAUGUAAUUCGGUUCUUUCACAGCAGAGGAAGAGGCGACAGAUAUCCCCAACGUUGGCUCCAGUUGAUGCUUUGGAGAGGUAUACUCAGAUAUCUAGCCAUCCCCUUCAUAAAACAAGCAAACCAGGAAUUUUAUCGAUUGAUAUUCAUUCUAACAAGAACAUAAUUGCAACUGGAGGGGUUGAUACAAAUGCAGUAAUCUUUGAUCAACCAUCAGGACAAAUCAUAUCCACUCUUAGUGGUCAUUCAAAGAAGGUUAACAGUGUCAAAAUUGUACCUCGGGACGAUCUGUUAAUAACUGGGUCAGCAGACAAGACUGUUCGCAUAUGGCAAGGGUCUGAUGAUGGGAACUAUAACUGUAACCACGUUUUGAAGGACCAUACUGCAGAGGUGCAAGCUGUUACUGUGCAUGCCACGAAUAACUACUUUGUGACUGCUUCUCUUGAUGGUACAUGGUGCUUUUACGAUCUUUCCUCAGGGUUAUGUCUGACACAGGUUGAAGACCCUUCCGCAUCUGAGGGCUAUACAUCUUUGGCGUUUCAUCCUGAUGGUCUUAUCCUUGGAACAGGCACCACUGGGGGCCUUGUGAAAAUUUGGGAUGUUAAAAGUCAGACAAAUGUUGCGAAGUUUGAGGGACAUGUUGGUGCAGUAACUUCCAUAUCCUUCUCUGAGAACGGUUACUUUCUUGCGACUGCAGCAAGUGAUGGCAUUAAGUUGUGGGAUCUACGCAAAUUGAAAAACUUCAGGACAUUCACUCCAUAUGGUCCUGACACACCAACAAACUGUGUUGAAUUCGACUACAGUGGAAGUUACCUUGCUGCUGCAGGCUCCGAUACAAGAGUCAUCCAAGCUACUAGCGUCAAAUUAGAUUGGAACACUAUAAAGACUUUUCCUGAUAUGUCUGGCACAGGUAAAGCAACAAGUGUCAAAUUUGGUCCAGAUGCAAAAUAUAUUGCAGUAGGAUCGAUGGACCGUAACCUACGCAUUUUUGGCCUGCCUGGCGAUGAUAGUGCAAUGGAGCCCUGA